GUUGGCAGGUUGAAGAAAUGGCAGCCUGCACGCUGCGGUGUUGGCAGUGACCAAAAUGGUACAUUCCUCGAUAUAUCAUCGCUCGUACCUCCACGGCUGAAUUUAGCAUGACGAAUUUACUUCAAACGCCUAUACAUAUUUAACCAAUAACGCGUAUAAGGACUGUAUACCAUGGCUGUUCUUUAUGAGGUGGCGUGGCGGGUUUUACAUGCACUGAUUCAUCUCCAGCGCGCGCUGAUCACCUGGUUCCGAGUCCACAUUUGGAGGUGGAAACGGGCUGUGGUGGGAUUAUUACUACCCCUUGCCCUUGGGUUUCACAGUCAGAAAAAGACUGGACACGUAGGCAAACGGAUCAGCCGUCGGGUAUGCUGGGGAGCUGAUGGAAGAACAUUAGAGAAGCUGCCGCUUCAUCUAGGGCUGUUGAUCGCUGAAGAGGAGAUCCACUAUACUGACAUUGCCAACUUGGUGGUGUGGUGCAUGGCAGUGGGCAUCUCAUAUGUCAGUGUGUAUGAUAAUCAAGGUGUGUUCAGGGGGAAUAACUCCAGACUCUUGGAGGAGAUCCGGAGACAACAGCAGGAGCUUCUGGGAAUGGACAACUCCAAAUACACAGUGGAGUUACUCAAGAAUGGUACCGACAAACAAGAGCAUCAAGUGUUGAAGGUCUUAUCUCCAGACGAUGGACAGCUCAGUAUUGUCAAGGCAGCACAGCAGCUCUGCAAGGCCAUUGAGCAGAAAGAAAAGACAUCCAAAGACAUCAAUGUCACUGUGCUUGACUCAUUACUCAGAGAGUCAAAGAACAUACCUGACCUUGACCCGGACCUGGUGCUGAAAUUUGGACCUGUUGAAAGUACACUUGGCUUUCUGCCCUGGCACAUCAGACUAACCGAGAUUAUUUCAUUGCCGUCCCACAUAGACGUCUCAUACGAUGACCUGUUUGGUGCACUUCAGCGAUAUGCAUCGUGUGAGCAGCGGUUGGGCAAGUGAGGAACUGUCCGCAGAGAGUACAGAAGGAAUUGAAAGGGAUGGAUGGGGUUUACAUCCCUCUCUUCUUGUUUACAGUACAAGCACUGGAGCGCCAGCAACCCGCCUGAAUAAAGUGUACUCCCACCAAGUUCUGCCAGGCUUGUGUGUGUGUGUGUGUGUGUGUGUGUGUGUGUGUGUGUGUGUGUGUGUGAUUGUACUUGUAUAUUUUUAUGUGUGUGAGCUUCCCGUGUAAAUGCACACAAAGCAGUGUGUCUGCUCGUCCGAAGGACACAGACGCUGCCCUACGUUACGCCAAUAAGCCGUCAGUCACAAAGAGGAGCUCCAUUCAGCCUGAAGAACAUUAGCCGUAUGGUGUAAAUCUAAAUUUUACCAUAGCUGUGGACACACCCCGCCCUGACAGUCUCAUUAAAAUAGGUAAGCAAGCCAUGCUUAUGCCUGUGCGCUGAACUCUACAGUGUGGUGUACAAUCGGGCAUCUUUCAUAGCGUGACUCUACAGUGCGGGCUGUAAGUGCUCGGAGAGGAUGUACAUUACGGGAUUUUGAAAAUAGAACUCUUCUCUCUAGGUGAAAAUGGAUGACAAUUUUCCAUUCAGCAAUUUUACUGCAUGCAGAAUCUAUCUUAUUGCAACAUAAUGCUCCAAUCAAGGCUUAACUGAGCUGGAACUGGAUAUGUGUGGUUUUGUGCGUUUAUUUGUGUUGUUUGAAUGUGUGCGUGUGUGCCACAAAUUACACUAAUCAGCGUUAAACCCUGAAGUUUGUAAUUCUAAGAGCAUAAAUUGAUUGCUCCACAUUGUCCCCCAAAUGCUCUUGCUGUUUGUAAUGGCUCAUGGCACUAAUUAUGCUUUUAGAUAUUUUUUAUUUGUCAUCAGUAAAUACUGUUCCAUUCAGAAGUUCUGAGUUAUUACCUGUUUAAAGAGUUGUUUAUUUUUUUAAUUAAUGAUUCUUUAGAUUAAUAAAACAUUUCUUGGUAAUAAACCUUGAAGUCCAUAAUUGGUUGAAAAAUGCCAUAGACUGUACAUCAUACUUCAUUCUGCAAAGCCACUUUGCACUUAAAUGUGUAAUUCAUGAAUCACUGUUGGCAGGGUUGUGUAAUAGUGUCCUGUGUGAAUGUACAAUAAAUGUUACUGAAAUCCAAAGCUGUUUGAGUUUAAGCUUGGUGGAACACAGACUCAAUUGACAGCAUUUC